GAUUCGGUCUUCCCGGCCGCAUGGCUCCGCCCCCCGCGUCCGACAAAAUGGCGGCGCAAACAGACAGAGGGAUACCUCUCAGUGCGCUCUGCCCGAAGUUUCUUCACACAAACUCCACCAGCCACACCUGGCCGUUCAGCGCCAUUGCAGAGCUCAUAGACAAUGCCUACGACCCAGAUGUUAACGCUAAGCAGUUCUGGAUCGACAAAACGCGCAUUAAGGGCCAUGACUGCCUGACCUUCAUGGACAACGGAGCAGGAAUGACCUACGACAAAAUGCACAAAAUGCUGAGCUUCGGGUUCAGCGAUAAGCAAGCCAUCAACGGUCACAUCCCAGUGGGCCUGUAUGGAAACGGCUUCAAGUCCGGUUCUAUGCGUCUGGGGAAGGACGCCAUCGUCUUCUCCAAGACAAGGGACACUAUGAGUGUCGGACUGCUGUCCCAGUGCUACCUGGAGAGCAUCCAGGCCGAGCAUGUGGUGGUCCCCAUCGUCACCUUCAGGCUUAUCGGUCAUAAUCAAUUCAGAGCCACCGCCGAGCACAUUGCCAGCCUGCAGGACAUCCUCAGGUACUCGCUGUUCAAGUCCGAAACGGAGCUUUUGUCUGAGCUGCAUGCCAUCGACUCCGUUUGCUCCACUGGCACGCGCAUCAUCAUCUGGAACCUGCGCAGGAUGUCCAGCGGGCAGCCAGAGUUCGAUUUCAACAUCGACAGGUACGACAUCCAGAUCCCGGCUGACGUGUUCGAGAAUACAAGUGAGAGGUACAAGCGGCCAGAUCGGAUCAUGCAGUCUGUCCCUGAGAGUGACUACUCCCUCCGCGCCUACUGCAGAAUCUUGUACUUAAAGCCUCGCAUGCAGAUCAUCAUCAGAGGUCAGAAGGUGAAGACGCAGCUCAUCUCCAAGAGCCUGGCAUUCAUCGCUAAAGACCACUACAGGCCCAUCUUCCUUAACAAACGUAUCCGGAUCACCUUCGGAUACAACACGAAAAGCAAGGAUCAGUACGGCAUCAUGAUGUAUCAUAGAAACCGCCUAAUCAAGGCCUACGAGAGGGUGGGCUGCCAGCUGAAGGCAAAUAACCGGGGAGUUGGAGUGAUUGGCGUGAUUGAGUGUAAUUUCCUUAAACCCACACACAACAAGCAAGACUUUGACUACACGGAUGAGUACAGGAAAACUAUAUAUAACCUUGGAGUGAAACUGGAAGAGUACUGGAAUGAAAUCCGGUUCAAGCGUGACAAAGAAGAUCCUACUUGCAUGAUACCAGUAGAAGAUACCAUGAAGCGUCCGGAUCAGAACUGGGUGCAGUGUGACAACUGUCUGAAGUGGCGGAAGCUCCCAGAUGGUAUCGACUGCGCUCUGCUCCCUGAGAAGUGGUUCUGCCACAUGAACCCUGACCCCCAGUACAGGAGCUGCCAUAUGGAUGAGGAACCAGAAGACUCAGAUGACGACCAGCCUUCCUACCAGAAGACCUACAAGCAGCAGGAACGGUUCCAAAGGAUGCAACAGGAGAAGAACAGAUUACAGAUGGAGCAGGCGAAGAAGGCCGCGGACAUGCAGCGCAUCGCAGCCCUGGCUCAGCAGAACGAAGCCCUCAGGAGGCAACAUGAGGAUCUCAAGCGGCAGUUGAAGCAGUCGAACUUCCAGCCCGUGGUGUCGACGUCAUCCUCACUGGUCACACCUUCAGUCAGCAGUGGAGUCCGAGGAGGUCCCGCUCCAGGCCAGGCCUCCCUGUCACGUACCGGUUGCCGUUCCGCCGCAAGUGACAUGCCCAUCAUCUCCAACGUGUGCUCGCUGUCCACGCCUGCGAGGAUGAAGAGAACAAUUUCGAUGAACCCUGAUAGUCUGGAGAGAAAAAGGGCAAGGAGCAAUGGAUUCCAUGACAGCACGGCAGCAGAGACAGAGGAAGCCACGGAGGCGGGCCGGUCUUCACCAGUCGUCAUCGCCAGCGACGACGACGACGACGUGGUGAUUGUCGAGACUGGCAGCACGCCAAAACCCACGGCGCCGACCUUCGACCUUGCCAAGGUGAAGACCGAGCGGCGUGUCAGCGAGGAGACCACAGGCAUGCACCUGGAGUGCAGCGAUGACGCCGCCGUCGAAGCGGCUUCAGAGAGCAACACCACCGCAACGCUCCAUGAGGCCUCCUCUCCGCAGACCUCCCAGAAUCACGUCUCCGCCACCACCCAGACAGACCCCAAGCCCACCGUGAAGGCAGAGACGGGCGAGGAGACGGAGAAGGAGAAGUCCGCAGACACCGAGCAGAUGCAAGAGGGGGAGCCAGCAGAUGCUGAGAUGGAGAUGACGGCAGGGAAGGAGGAGGAGCAGGCGGACAGGGAGGAAGAUGUGGGUGAGGAACACGGGCAGCUCCACUCAGAGAACCCGGAAGGAGAGGCAAUGGUGACAUCUGAGGCACCAGAGGCAGUGGCCGAAAAGGAGGCAAUGGGAGCGAAGCAGACCAUGGACAUGCUCCUGCAGGAUGCGCAGCAGCAGCAGGAUCAGCUGCUGGAGCUGAUGCAGACCACCGCCCAAGAGAGGGAUACCUACAAGGAAGAGGUGCACCAGCUCACCUGCAAGACAGAGGACCUGGAGGCCCAGAUAAUGGAGCUGAGGCAGAGCCUUGUCAAGAAGGAGCUUUGUGAACAGGAGGUUCAGACCGAGUGGAAGGGAGAGAAGGAGGAGCAGGAUCAGGAGCUGCGGACUCCCUGCCAGCAGGUCUCCUGUCAGGGGCAGGAGGAGAAGCCGGAGCAGGAGGUAAAGAUGUCCCGUCAGGCAGAGGAGGAUGAUGAAGUUGCUCUGCAAGUAGAUUCACUCCUGCGAGACCUGGACCAGAGCAACAAUGAAAUGACGCAGCUCAGAGCCAAGUGUGAAGAGUUGAACAGAGAGCUGGAGCAGCUGAGAACAAAUGGAGAGACAGGGAGCCCCAUCCCUGGAGAAGAGGCCCAGAAUGCAACGGAGGACUCUGCUGCUGAUGCAGAACAAAACGGCACGACAACCCCCAGCCCCACAGGCACACAAGUGCCCACAGAUGAGGCUCAAAGGAAGCUGAAUGAACUGCGCCGGAGUGUGGGUCGCUUGCUGGUGACUUUCAUUCCCGCACUGGAGCUGGAGCAGGUCAACUAUGACUGCGAGGUCAUCGACGAGAUCCUGGCACAGGUCUUGGAGGAAGUCGGGGGGGCAGGGGACACAUAGAUAUGCAGUGGGGGCCAGUGGGACAAUUACAAAGAGAUGCUGGACACCCCCUGCUGGCCUCUCUCUUUCUACCUCCAUAUCUGCCUGUCUCACUUUAUUUUUUACAACUCAGAAACAGACUUUAUUGAAUGUAUCUCUGAAUCUUUGUACAUUAUGUAUUUUUUCUAUUUUUUCAUAUCAAUCUAUUAUUUAAAAAAGAAAAUCUUUUGCACUGAAAAAAGUACAAUGUCUCUAGAUAAUGACCCUUUUAACUUUAAUGGGGUUGAUUUAAUUCCUGACAAAUGUUUUUGUUUCUUUUCCCAAUGCUUGCUUUAAAGCAUUUUUACAGUGUAUAGGGAUCUUCAUCACUUUUCUAUAGACAGUUGAAACAGUUUGUUUCUUUCUUUUUUUUUUUAACUCCAAAAGGCUUCACUUACUAAGCAAAUCAUUCGUCUAAGGUUGUGAGAAGUUAGAUCUACAAAUCACUGGAUUCUAAACCACUGAAGACUAGCUCGCUGGAGAUCAUCAAUGGUUAUGGUACUUGAAAACGCAAUGAGCGGACAGAAGCCAUAGGGUGACAGCAUGCUGAAGCUCACAGGCCAUUUUUAUACAUGUCUUCCAAUGGGACAACUGCCACAAGUCAACUGUUUUGCUCUCCAGUGUUACAUUGUGAUUUAGCACAUACAAAAAACAAAACUGCACAUCAGAAUUUGUAACUAUUUUGAAAUGCAUUCCCAUAAGAAAAAUGGAGUUAAAAUUUCAGAAUCCUUGGAAUCCAUUGAGAUAUUCUGUACCUGCUUCUCUGAAAAUUACCUUAAAAAGCAUUAUUCUUUGAUGUACACUGGCAACUGUCUCCAGUGGUAUUUUUAAAAAGGAGUCGCGCUACUGCCGUGUGUCGUUUCCAUUGUAGAGGUUCAUUAGGAUUUAGUGUCAAAUGACAGCUUCUCCCUUGUGAGUGUGACCGGGAUAAGCAGUUAAAAGAUUAAUCGAUGGAUGAAAGCCUUUCUGUUUAUCUUAAAACCAUGUUUCAACUGGAUUUCUGUUUUAAUGUUUAAGGUCUUCCGCAAAGCACAAAAGGAGGAACCAUCUCACAGCUUGGGAUGUAUCCAAAGUAGCUGAAGUGUAUUCGUAGCAAUAGACAUGGUCCAAAGGUACCGUACCAAUUUUGUGAGAAAAGUGACUUUUUUUGAAGAUUGUAACGGACAUACGGACAGCUGGGGCUUAUGGAACACUUCUCUCCAAAACUGGUUUCUUCUUCCACUGCAUUUUUAGUUGUGCAGAUGCAGCUUGUAAAAAAUUGUAAUCUAACUUGACUGGACAAAUAUUCUGCAGAUAAAUAUGAUUGCAUCCCCUACCAUUAAAGCCAAAUGGAAGUGAAUGCCAAGGAAAUUUGACCCCCACACAAUGGUCUCAAAGAAUGCCUACAGUAAUUUAUUUGCACAGUUGAGUUCAUUUGCUUUUGUAGAUCACAUUGCCAUAUCUGCUCAAACAAACAGUUAAAACGAUAAUUUUUACUCAUUGGACUUCAAGGGAGUUAAUUUAACACAUUCAGCUUUGUGUUCAUACAUGUGUUAAUAAAUGUGGGAAUUCCUUAAAAUGUU